AUGGGUAUCACAGACUUUUUGAAGAAGGAUAAAGGCGCGGAUUUGGCGAUGGAUGCUCCUCCGCCGUACGACCCGUCAACAAAAUCGGAAGAUACUGAAGAGGCGUAUGGGCAUAGCACGAAUAUUCAGACUGGAACGAGAGAUGCGCUGCCUGGGGCAGAUGACAAUAGCGAUACGGGGAGCGAGAAUUACAAGACACUUGGCCGCUGGCGGGCAUGUGUGAUUCUGAUCACAAUCGAAGUCGGCAUUGGUAAGUGGCUGACUAUAGGGCUAAUCCCUGGCAUCAUCGCAAUUCUCGGUUUCGGCAUCCUCACCACAUACAGUGGCUACAUCCUUGUCCAGUUCUUCAGGCGCUAUCCGAUGGUCACAAACCUCGUCGACUGUGCGCAGGUCCUCGACAAGCGUUUUGGAGCUUUCUUUGGCGCAGCCUUCAUUCUCAAUCUGGUCCUUAUCUGCGCUUCGGCAAACAUCACGAUGUCGGUGGCACUGAACACGCUGUCGAAUCAUGCGUUAUGCACGGUUGCGUUCAUGGCAUUCCCUCACAUUGUCUGCUGGAUGUUGUGUUUGCCACGCAAACUUACAUUCGCCGCGGCUCUGUCUUGGGUCUGCACUGUUUCGAUUGUCGCCGCCGUCCUGAUCGUCAUGAUCGCACUUGGUGUUGCAGGUCCUCGAGCACCUCCAGGUUUCGAAGUUUCAAUCACGCUUGUGGGCAAGCCGACGUUUGUGGAGACUGUCAAUGCUCUCCUCAACAUCGCAUUCGCAUUCGCUGGCAACCAGUCAUUCAUUAGCGUCAUGGCUGAAAUGCGCGAUGCUUCGAAGGAUUUCCCGCCGGCUUUGUUCAUGCAGAAGAGUUUCGAGGUGGUUAUCUACAUCAUCGUGGCAUGCGUCAUCUACGGUCUUGCCGGCGACGCGGUCACGUCUCCUGCGCUUGGAUCCGCUGCAGCAAUUCCUGCAAAGAUUGCAUAUGGUGUUCUGAUCCCAUCCGUGCUGGGUACUGGGUUAAUCAUCGGCAUUACAGCGAUCAAGUACAUGUACGUCGCAAUCAUGCGCCAUUACAAGCCGCGCGAAAUCAACGUCCACAACGCCUUCACCUGGUCACUAUGGAUCGCGAUCGGUACGCUAUUCUGGCUAGUCUCCUUCAUCGUGUCCAACGCAAUCCCCAUCUUCAGCUCCAUCCUGAACAUCACUGCGGCCAUCUUCAUCAGCUGGUUCACUUUCGGAUUGACAUCGGUGCUAUUUUUGCAUUUGAAACUGGGAGCAGAAGCACAGCACAAGGCGGAAGUUGGCGCUCGCAUGCCUCAACUAUGCGAUUCUCUCCAUGACUGUUUUCUUGAUGGUGGCAGGGCUGUACACGUCGCUCAAAGCGCUCAUUGA